AUGGACUUCACCGUCGAUUCUUCUCAAAACGUUUUGUCGUGGCUGGUAGACAAGAUACGCGUGGCAAUGAAAGCUCCGACUUUGAAGGCAGGCCUUGCCGGCCUAUGGUCAACAUCACUUGUUUCCGGCGACUUUCUUGGAAUACCAACAUUGCCAUACAGCGCGUCUGAUGGGACUUACGAUUUAUCUGGCGUUCAUACGAUCGUGGUAGAUGCCCAGUAUGCAUCGUCCGUGGAUGAUUCCAUGGCCACCUUGAUCCCGCCGACCCUGUUCGAGUUCGCUCAGACAUUUGCCAACGACCUGAGCACCAAAUUCAACAUUGACGCCACAGUCACCAAUGGCACCAACAGUACGACGGACAGCAUCUUCCUGACCCUGGCCGAUCCGAGUGCCUAUCUUAACGCGUCAGGAGAUCCAUCGUCAGAGGGUUACUCUCUCUCCGUCACCUCAGAUGCCAUCACUAUCACUGGCGCAAGCCCUCUCGGUGCCUGGUGGGGUACGCGGACAGUCCUGCAACAAGCCACGCUGAACGACGGGUCUAUUCCACUGGGCUCUGGCACAGACACUCCCGGCUGGGCGACGCGAGGCAUGAUGCUCGAUGCUGCGCGCCACUUCUACCCAAAGGAGUUCAUCACGGAGCUAUGCUCGUACAUGUCGUUCUUCAAGCAGAACACGUUUCAUCUCCACCUGAGCGACAACCUGUACAACAACGUCGCCAUUUAUUCCGAAGAGCGGUCCCUCGAGCUGUACGCCCGCUUCAGGUUGUGGUCGGACGCUGAAGCCGUGUCGGGCUUGAACAAAUACAGAAACGAAUCUUACACGCGCGAGGACUUUGACGAGAUCCAGUCGACCUGUGCUGCUCGCGGGGUCACCAUCAUCCCGGAGAUUGAGGCCCCAGGUCACGCGCUGGUGAUUGUGCAAUGGAAACCGGAAUUGGGGUACUCUGGAGACCUGAGCCUGCUCAACAUCAGCCAUCCAGAGACGAUUCCAACAAUGAAGACGAUCUGGAGCGAAUUCCUCCCCUGGUUCCAUACCAAGGUUGUCUCCAUCGGCGCGGAUGAAUACACCGGCCCGUCGACAGAUUACAACGACUUUGUAAACGCCAUGGCCAGCCACAUUGGCGGUGAAUCGGGCAAGCUCAUUCGAAUCUGGGGCACAUUCCCACCCGUCUACAACGAAACAUACAACAACAUUUACCAAAAUGUCUCAGUCCAACAUUGGGAGUACUUCGAAGAUAACCCAUACUUUGACUACAUUCUGAACAACUAUUCCGUCGUCAAUUCAAACGAUGACUACUAUAUCGUCAACAAAUGGGCUCCUGCAGGCGGAUACCUGAAUCACAUCAACCUGACCAAGACAUUUUAUGGCACGCCGCCAGACGCAACAUACUGGCGUCCGAAUGUAUUCGACCAGAAGAACGCAACCAACAACCCAUCCGAGGCCGACCCCUUUGUUUUGGGAUCCAUCGUUCCAAUGUGGAAUGACUACGGUGCCAACACAUCGGUCUACACCGAAGCCUAUUACGCCUGGCGCGACGGCAUCCCUGCCUUGGCCGACAAGCAAUGGGGAGGAAACCUGUCAGAGACGGACUUCGGCUCCAUAUUCGAGACGCUUCAGGCUGCCGUACCAGGUCAAAAUCUGGACCGGACUGUCCCAUCUGACGGCGAUGUAAUAUUCAAUUACACUUUCACGGGCAAUUCCUCAUUCGCAGACGAGUCUCCAAACAGCUUCCCCAUUGAGACCGACUGUGCAUCCAGCGGAUCACUGCUCACACUGUCACCGUCUUGCUCAGCUGUGACACCGCUGUCAUCCAAGGGCCGGAACUACACGCUCACUCUCUCGGGCCUGACCAUUUCGUCUCUCGACCUUCCCACCAACGCAACACUGCUCACUGGCAGCGACUCCACGCUCCUGCUAACGCCCAACAUCACCUUCUUCGCUGGUGGCAACUAUUUCCGCCUCAACACAUCGCUGCCUCUCAACGAGACGGUUGACCUGAGCAUCAUCGCCCGAGGCAACAGGACAUAUGCUUCCCUGAACUCUGAACCCGAGGAGCAAUUUUUGACCCAAAUUGGAUACAACGGUCUUGGCUUCCACUGGGCGGAAAUCGCCUUUGAGGCUCCUCUGAGUAAAAUCGGUGGGGAGGGAAGCGGAUGGAGCGGGACUUUGGGCGGUUUCAGUCUGACUUCGACGGCUUGA